AUGCAUGAUGAGGAGGACGGACGUGCCCAGGUAGCGAACCUGAGCAUUAUGCGGGCACUUCUUCCUCAUUUUACCAACCGAGAGUUCCACCAAGGACCCUUCUUCUACAAGCUUACAGACCUGCAUCCAAGCAACAUCUUCGUCGACAGCCAGUGGAAUAUCAAAUAUCUAGUCGACCUUGAGUGGGCCUGCUCACUUCCAGCAGAGACCCUACGCCCUCCGUAUUGGUUGACCGGUCGUGCUGCAGACGACAUUCUUGGUGAACAUCUUGUCACAUUCAGCGAAGCACAUGACAAAUUCAUGGAAAUAUUUGAAGAGGAAGAGAAGCAGUAUCCGCCUCUCUUCAAUGUCUGCACGUAUCGGACAAAUAUCAUGAGAAAAGGCUGGAAAAUCGGGAAAUUCUGGUACUUCCAAGCCUUGGAUAGUCCUAAAGGCCUGUUCAACAUUUUCCGUGACCAUAUCCAGCCGAAAUUCGCAGCGUCUCAGAGUGCUGAUCCGUUAGACAUUUCAAAAAUCGUAUCCGAAUACUGGGCUGUGGAUACAAAGGAUGUCGUGGCGGGGAAGUUGAGAGACAAGGAAGUUUACGAAGAAGACCUACGUCUGCGUUUUCAAAAUGGCUCUGAAGAAAAGCAACAGCUCUCAUUGGCUCCAUAA